CAUAAUUAUAUUGCUCCUUAGUUUGUUAGCAAUGUCCCCUAAAGAAAUUAAAAAAUCGAAGAAAUCGAAGAAAUCGAAGAAGCUUAAAAAAGAAAAAAAUGAAGCAUUUGAAAACGCACUAAGCACCGAGAAUGACGCAAAUAGUAUGCAAAUUUUAGGAGAGGCAAGUUAUGAAGUACUUGUUAAUCGUUGCAGUCCAAUAUCAAAACCUCUAGCUAAUGAAAAACUGACUAAAAGUUUGUUAAAAAUUACAAAAAAAGCAUCUCAAACUCGUACCUUGCGCCGUGGCGUUAAAGAGGUCGUCAAGGCUAUAAGGAAAAAUGAAAUGGGAAUUGUUCUCAUUGCUGGGGAUAUAUAUCCUCUAGAUGUUGUUUCUCACUUGCCCAUCUAUUGUGAAGAUAAUAACCUUCCUUAUUGUUUUGUGCCUUCUAAAUUACAAUUAGGUGCUGCUGGAAGUACUAAGCGUCCCACUAGUUGUGUAAUGAUUAAAACUCACCAAGAUUUUAAUGAUUUAUAUGAGAAAAGAGUUAAAGAAGUCCAAUCCUUAUGCCAGCCUUACGUGGCUUAUUAAUCAAAUAUAAACUUUAUUAUGAACAUC